UAACAAGAACGCUAUGGACUGUCAACAUGUUAGCAACGAAAGCUUCAGGCUGUCCAUGUAAUGACAAUUUAUAUAGGUUUUAUAAAAUAACUAUAAUUUUAAACGACAGAUUUGUAACUUUCCAGCAUUAAGAUCUACAUUUUCUGGCAGGGAUAUAACCAGUGACUGCAUCCAUUCUUCUGGUAAGAGCCUUCACCAUCUCCUCUCUGCCGCCUUUGAUCAACUCUGCUGGCACAUUGUCCAGACUGGUGGACUUCUCCUCCAUUCAGGCUCUGAAUGGCUGUUCAAUCUCUUCACAUUGGACUUGAAAAGGUCCUCUGAAUCUCCUGGUUGUCUUGGAGGAUGUGUCGCUACAGUACUCCAUCCAUCACUCAAGGACAACCUUGUCAACUGAGAACAGAUCAGUUAGUGAAGAUGGCAGAUGACUUUGCUGUUAUUGGAAAGAAGCCUCCAUCAGUUACUGAACACUGUCGACCAUAUACUGCAUCUAGCAUGAAUUUUGGAUAUGUCACUAAAAUGCCAUCCUCCACUGUGGAUGAGACUCUCUUUACGUCACAUCACCCUUCACGUCUGCAUGCUUCAAUGGCUUUUCCAGCUCCAUGGCAUAAAAAGCAGGACAGAGAAAGAACUGUUAGAAGAGGUCCACCUUUACUUUGGUGUCCCCCCAAUGCAGAAAAAGAGCACAAAGAUAUGACCAAAGUUUCUAGCUCUUAUGAAGUUUCAACUAUAAAAGGAGUACCUAUGAAACACCAGUUUCGCAGACUUGUACAUACACCUACUUUUGUUGAUGAAACCUUAUUUGGUGAACCUUUAGCAGAGCCUAGUUUCAGAGCACCAUGGGAAGGAAAUAAAAAAGCAAAGAAACCACUUUUGUGGUAUCCAGAUCAGAGCAAGACAAGAAAUGCACAAAAGUGUGGCCCUUUGAAGACAGCUUUUGAAGAUUAUCACUAUGCUUCUUCGUCAUCCUCUGCUUUUCCAGUCUGGAGACCUUGAGAUGAAAAUUGCUGUGCAUCAACUCAUUACAGUUUGGUGAACCAGUUACAGACAAAACUGAGCUAGUAUACCAGAUUUUAAACUUCCUACCCGCUCAAGAACAGGAUGAUUUUAAGUAUGAGUACUACUGAAUGAAGUUAAAUGUUUUAAAAUAAAGUAUAAUAAGGAAAUUACAAUAGCAAAUCGCUUAUGCUGUGUUAAAAACAUUGUGUAGAUUAAAGUGUAGCUGUUUGCUUAAAUUUUUUGAAGGGUUAUGUCAUGCAAAUUGUCUGAAUAAAUUAGACAUAUUCUCUUUAGUAUUUAUAUGCAUAAAUGCAGAUUAGCUUAAGUACAAGCAAAGAAAUAUUAAUCUUCUCAAACAGCUUUUAAAAGUCUACGUGAGGAAAAGACUAGAGAAGUUAAAUUUCUACUGUUGGAUGCCAGGUUGCCUUUGGUCGGUUCCUCUUGUUGUCUUAAGGGCAUUGGAAAAGAAAUGGUGUUUCAUGCUUCUCCCCUCACUGCAAGCAUGAUCAUUGUUUCAUGUUACUUCAUUAAGGGGCAUCUUUGUCACUGCUUGAUAUCUACAGCCCCAGGCUGAAGCUACACGUGGCGUCCGAGGCACACCACUUAAGAACUGUGGAGAUGAGACGUUUGUCCUUGAGUUCCCAGUGUUUCCCCAGGGCAAUGACUUAUGUGCUCACUUUAUAACUACAGCCUAAAAGCUCAUUCAGAGUGUAAACUUUUCAGAGUGAGUUUCAAAAAUGGCUUGGUUGCUCAAAGAAGAGUGGAAUAAAACAAAAACCAAAUUUAUCUUUAGGUGACAAGACUGCUUCUGUUAGAAAGGUAGUAAGGAAGGAAAAUAUCAUUUUAGCAAUAAGAAGAAAAAUCUGCAAUCUGAUUAAUCUACAUCUAAAUUUCUGUGAGAUAAUAAUAAAUGCAAAAUUUGUAAAGUGCAUACUCGCUCCUAAGGAGUAUGCUUUUAGCACUUAACAACAAUGAAACAUGGGCAGCAUGCGAGGGACAGGAGAACAAACAACAUAUGAGCUAUAAAAGGAUAAACAACCUUACUAAACAAAGAAUAAAAUCAAAUACAGAAAACGCAAAGAGGAACCAAAGAAUGAGAGCUGAGAGUAACAUGAUAUUGCAAAAGGAAGAAUGUGAAAAAGGACUAAAAUGGGCAAGGGUGUUAGGAGUAAUAUUUAGGGAAGAGGUGCAUUUUCAGUGCAUAUUUAAAGGAUUCAAUAGUGGGUAGGUGGCAGAUAUAGAAAGGGAGAAAUUAUUAAAGUUCUUUGUAUAACGAUAAUUUUUUAUUGGAUAUCAUGUUGCACUUGGUAAGUGAUAGGGUCUUUGUUCAUCUUAAGAAAUUCAGACUUGUUGAUUAAACUCAUUUUACUGUU